CUGGUCGCGCUCCGCCCCGUUUCCGCCGUGAUGGCGGCCGGAGCCCGGCGGCAGCGGCGGCCGAGCCGGGCUGCGGGAGCCGGAGGCGGCAGCGGCGGCAGCAGCAGCGGCGGUGGCGAUGGCGGCGAUGUGAGGCGAGGCUGAGGCCGAGGCGAGGCGGCGCCAUGUCGGGCUGCGUGUGGGGCGCGGCGCCGCCGCCGCCGCCGCUGCUGCUGGAGGCGCUGGGCCGGCUGUGGGAGGUGCAGGCGCCGCUGGGCAGCGGCUCCUCGGCCUCCGUGUACCGGGUGCGCUGCUGCGGGGACCCUCGGGCCCCCCCGGGAGCCGUCAAGGAGUUCGUGGCCCCCCCGGCUCGGCCCGGCCCCGCUCGGCGCCCCGCUGCCCGCCCGGCCGCCGCUGACUGCGCCGAGUACGGGUUCCGCAAGGAGAGGGCCGCCCUCGAGCACCUCCGCGGCCACCGCAACAUCGUGACGCUGUACGGCGUGUUCACCAACCACUACUCCGCCAACGGCCCGUCGCGCUGCCUGCUGCUGGAGCUGCUGGACGUCAGCGUGUCCGAGCUGCUGCUGCACUCCAGCAACCAGGGCUGCUCCAUGUGGAUGAUCCAGCACUGCGCCCGGGACGUCCUGGAGGCCCUGGCCUUCCUGCACCACAAAGGCUACGUGCACGCCGACCUCAAGCCACGCAACAUCCUGUGGAGCGCGGAGGAGGAGUGCUUUAAGCUCAUUGACUUUGGACUUAGCUUCAAAGAGGGGAAUCAGGAUGUGAAAUAUAUUCAAACAGACGGGUAUCGGGCUCCAGAGGCAGAACUGCAGAACUGCCUGGCACAGGCAGGGCUCCAGAGCGAGACGGAGUGUACCUCUGCUGUGGAUCUGUGGAGUCUGGGAAUCGUUUUACUGGAAAUGUUCUCAGGAAUGAAACUGAAACAUACAGUCCAAUCUCAGGAAUGGAAGGCAAACAGUUCUGCCAUCAUCGACCGCAUUUUUGCCAGUGAAGGGGUGGUUAAUUCAGCCAUUCCAGCUUAUCACCUCAGAGACCUUAUCAAAAGCAUGCUUCAUUGUGACCAAGGAAAGCGAGCCUCCGCUGAAAAGGCUUUAUGCAGCCCGUUCUUCAGCAUUCCCUUUGCUCCCCAUAUCGAAGAUCUGGUGAUGCUCCCCACGCCUGUGCUGAGGCUGCUAAACGUUCUGAGCGAUGCUUCUCUGCAGAGCGAAGAGGAAUAUGAAGAUAUCCUGGAAGACAUCAGAGAGGAGUGUCAGAAAUACGGACCGGUGGUUUCCUUGCUUAUUCCAAAGGAGAAUCCUGGUAAAGGCCAAGUCUUUGUUGAAUAUGCAAAUGCUGGUGAUUCCAAAGCUGCCCAAAAAAUGCUGACUGGAAAGAUUUUUGAUGGCAAGUUUGUUGUGGCUACGUUUUACCCACUGAGUGCCUAUAAGAGAGGAUAUCUGUACCAAAACUUGCUGUAGGCAGUAGCAACAAUCAGGAGAGUUGUCUCGCUCCUCUUCCUCACGUGUUUUACAGUUGAAUGUACAAAAGAGCUUCCUAGCCCUGCUUCUGAGUCAUCCCUAACGAAGAGAUGCGAAGGACUGAGAGGGGCUUUGAAACCUUUACUGCUGCUUUGUGAUGUGCAGAGGAGGCCUGGGUGGCUUUACGCGUGUGCUUGUGUGUGUGUGUGUGUCGUGCUUGCUCGUUUACACUAGGCGCGUGGCUUCGCCUGCCCCUGGCAGGCGCUCGGGUGCCGAGGGUGACCGUGGGGGCCUGGGAGGCAGAGCAGGUCGUGGCAAGCACUCGGGAGCGCUGGAAAUAAGAGCUGGAACAUCAGCCUUAGUGCCCUGUUUCGCUCUGGGGAGAGCAAAAGGCUCUGGCUUUGAGCCUUCGCAUCCCCCAGAGCAGAAGGCAGGCAGGUGAAAUCAGAUCUGCCUGAGCCACGCAGCCUCUCCUGGCACAAGCUGGGCCCGGGGAGCGAGCCAGUGGUGAGCCAAAUUUGGGUGCCCGGGUGGGCAGGAGCUGCCUGGCUGGGGAUGGACACCAGCAGAGCGGCGCCGGCCUCGGUCCCAACACACCCUGGAAGCACUUUGUAGCCCGAGGUGAUGUGAAAGCUGUGUCGCGUGGAGUCAUCUUCCCAGCCUGUACCCUGCGCCAGCACUGAGGCUCCGAGCUCUGAUGCCAAAUCCUCCGUAGUAUGUGCGUGUCUGUAGGUGAUAUUUUUGGAAAGGAGUGCGGCGGCGCGCGGUAUUCGUUGUGUCUCAGCAGGACUUCUGCCUGCGAGUCUUAGGAGAAAUGACAAAUAUUUAUCUGUUGUAGGUCCCACGCUUGGCUUUUCCGUGUUGUGCAGUUUGUUUUUUUUGCAUUAACCCGUUAGACUUGUCGUAGGUUAGAAGCACUGACACUUUUGGUCCUUCAGAGGUGACACAAAGGGCCUGAGGCAAUCUGAGAUCCUGUUUGGAAAGGGCUGGGCCGGUAACCAGGCUUACCUGGCCGGAUUCGUGUCUUUCCCAGUGUCCACGGUGGGUUUUUGGGACAAGGACCUGGGCGAGCAGCAUCCCUGCUCCCCCCGAGCGCUCUCCCUGCUCACGCAGCUCUAAAGCACAGGCAGAAGAUCUCGAACCCUGCUGAAAUACUUGAGGGCAGCUCCUAAACUGCCUCUGCCCUGCCCUGGAGUAAUAACCCCAGUUACCUUGCAGUUUACGUCCUCGUGGUUUACUUCUCGCAUCUAGCUGAGGCUGGACUUGCUGGAAUCCUGCACUUAAGUGGUCCUCCUGGAUUUUGCCCCGCCUGCAUGCGUGCAGAACCGACGUCUGUAGCAUUUCACGGGUGUCCGUGCUGGCGUGGAGUCCUGUCUGCUGCUGGUGUGGAGUCCUGUCUGCUGUCGCCCUUGCCAGCCUUCCCCAGAAAGGACCAAUCCCUUCGAAUUUCCCUUGUCGCCUUUGAGAUGGUAGAAUUUUCCAGGAAAAAAAAUAUAAUGAUAAUAAUAAUAAUAAUAAUAAAAAUCCCGCAGUGAGUUUUGAGGUCUGAUUUGCUGGUCAGGCUGUUCCCGGGACGAUGCUGCUUCGGUGUACAUAGCUGUCGAGCAGCUUUGCGCAGGUGGGCUGUGUGAUCCAGUGCUGUUCAGUUACCUGUCCUUGCGGCGAAGCACCUUUAGCACCUGGAAGGAGUCGGACAAUCAGUCGGGCGAGGGGUUUCUCUCCGUGAAGAGCAGCGGUGAGAUUGCUGACAGCGCUCUGAUCGUGGCCAGGCAGUGACCGAGCUCCUCAGCUCCGAGCUGGUGCUGUCUCUGGCAGGCUUUGCCGUCGAUAGGAGCGCCGUGGCCCAAAAUCCAUCUUCAGUGCCACUGUCAGCAGCACCAAGCUGGCUGUUGUGUGCCUCGGGGCUGAUGCUCAGCUGAAGACGAGAGCCGUGCCGGGAUUAAUCCCUGGAGAGGAGCUGCAGCACGGUGAAGUUGCUCUCCCAGGAUUUGGCUGGGGUUUUGUUCAGCUGUUUCAGUAGGAACUGGGUACAUCUGCAAGAUGCAAACUCCUGCCACCGUGUUUGCUCUCUGGAUGCUCGCUGACCAGCCCUGAGCACUGAAUGGAGCAACAAACAACCCACAGAGCUUAUUUUUUUUGGCCCUCCUGGCUAGAGGUGAGGCUGCUGAUCCCUGUCCCGUCACUGGGUCCAGGAUUCUCCCUGCAAGCUGUGGGAGCGUGGAACAGGGAAGUUUAGGAACUCCUCGGAGCAGAAGGAUUUAUCCCUCACCCUCUGCCUUCAGCUUGGCAGAGGGAGGCUGUGACGCUCACCCCGGUGUCUCGGCCCACCACCCAGCCCUGUUAAACCUGUGCUGCUGAGCCCUGGCUUGGCACAGCCGCCUUCCUAAAGCUUCCCCCUGUGCCAGGCAGUUGUGUGCUCGGUCCCGGUGAUCAAUAAAGGAUGCUUCGAGACAAA